CACUUGCUUUGCCUCUUUCAUGCAUCCUCAUCGCACCAGAUCUGUCGACCAUCUUCUCUCGCUUCUUCUUUCGUGCUCCAACAAUCUAGAAACAGAUCAAAGGCCGAACAGGUAUCGUAUCUUCUAGUCUUCGCGGAUACCGGCGUUUUCGAGUUCUUUGAACUGCAGCGACGGCGGUUGUCCACCUCCGGCAGAUGAUGUUAUGGAGACCGAAAUGAUGCAUGGUAGUGUAUUGGCUCUUUCAGAUAUGACAGUUCUGCCUAUUAGUUCAGUUUUAAAUGCUAUGAAGGUGAUAAAAGAUGGAGUAGCAGAGCAGAUUGAUCCUCUAAUCAUCACUCAAGCUUCAUUACUUAAUGAGCUGCCUGUAGGUUCAUUAUCUGUGGAUACCAUGAUAUUCAUCUGUCAGUCACUUGAGUUCCCCAGCGAUCAGUUGUUUAGAGAAAUCUGGAAAGUGUUGAAGCCUGAUGGAAUGGUCUUUCUUCACCACAUUUUCAAAUCUGAAACUGAGGACAAGAUAACAUCAAUUCUAGAGCGCAAGUUACUCCUGGCUGGGUUCUUAGAUGUAAAGGUUUUUUCAAUUAAAUCAGUUAUACAUUCUGAAGGAGUAGAGUCUCUUGGGGUUAAAGGCAGGAAGCCUUCUUGGAGGAUUGGUUCAUCUUUUGCUCUGAAGAGGAAGCCCACAAAAAGUUUGCCAAAAGUCCAGAUUGAUGAUGAUAUGGAUCUAAUUGAUGAGGAUAGCCUAUUGACUGAAGAAGAUUUGAAGAAACCUGAGUUGCCACCUUUUGGUGAUUGUGAAGUUGGAAGUGCAAGGAAAGCGUGCAAAAAUUGCACUUGUGGAAGAGCUGAGGUGGAGGAGAAAGUGAAGCUAGGGCUGACAAUGGACCAGCUGAACAAUCCUCAAUCAGCUUGUGGCAGUUGUGGCUUAGGCGAUGCUUUCCGCUGCGGCACAUGUCCUUACCGCGGUCUCCCUCCAUUCCAACUCGGCGAGAAGGUUGCUCUAUCUGGAAACUUUCUUGCGGCUGACAUUUGAGAGGUCGAAAGCCCGGGUUGUGCCUGCUGUGUAUCAUCGGUUGCUGGACGUAUCCUGCUUGGUUUUUGAACAUGAGGAUGCCUAACCUACUCAUUGUUUGAUGUGUCGGUCUCUGAAAAGGGCGUCUAGAUCACGAGACUCCUCCCGCUUUGGUAUGCAAAAAAUAAGAAAUAAGGCGAUUGGCUUAGUUUGGUGCACACUGGCAGUACGAUUAAACGUCUGGAAGGAAAACUGCGCUGGACUGCAAGUAAGAGGAGAGGAUGUUGAUUUACAAGUAUGUUGCUUAGAAUGUUAAAACGAGUGCUUGUGUUGUCUAUUUUAACUUUUUUUGUUUUUUGUCUGGUAAGUACUUUUGAAAUAAGAGAGAAUACCUUCUUACUGUUUUAUCAAAUUGGAGCAUUUUAAUAUCCAAAAUUGUUCAAUAAAACACUAUUUUGUUGCACAA